GGACAUGUGACAGCCAGCUGAGGCAGCAAGGAAAGCAGUGUUGGCUCUCCUUGCCCUUCACAUCUGUUUCAGCCUGGGAUGCAGGAAGCAGCUGUGUGAUGUCCUGCAUUUUCACUUCACAGAAGAAGAUCUGUGUGAACUUCCAGAAGCUUCCUGACGCUUUCAUGAUCUGAUUCUUGCAGCUGACCGGCAGCUGCGUUUUUCACAGCCCUCUAUGUAGAAAUUGGAAUUCGGGUGCUUUUAUCAUGCUGAACGGCUGGGACCAGGGAUGCCUUCACUGGGGUUUGUGUCUGUGGAUAUCUGGAUUCUUGGCUUUCUUUAAAGGCAGUACAGGCUGUGCGUCUGAAGAACAGCUCUUCCACACACUGUUUGCUCACUACAACCGCUUCAUCCGGCCAGUGGAGAAUGUUUCCGAUCCCGUCACGGUGCAUUUCGAAUUGGCAAUCACGCAGCUGGCCAAUGUGGAUGAAGUCAACCAGAUUAUGGAGACCAAUCUGUGGCUGCGUCACAUCUGGAAGGACUACAGAUUGCGCUGGGAUCCAACAGAGUAUGACGGCAUCGAGACGCUUCGCGUCCCAGCAGACAACAUCUGGAAGCCAGACAUUGUUCUGUAUAACAAUGCUGUUGGCGACUUCCAGGUCGAAGGCAAGACCAAAGCUCUUCUCAAGUACGAUGGUGAGAUAACCUGGACCCCGCCAGCCAUCUUUAAGAGUUCUUGUCCGAUGGACAUCACCUUCUUCCCGUUUGAUCAUCAAAACUGCUCCCUGAAGUUUGGCUCCUGGACUUACGACAAGGCUGAAAUCGACCUUCUCAUCAUUGGCUCUAAAGUGGACAUGAACGAUUUUUGGGAAAACAGUGAAUGGGAAAUUGUCGACGCCUCUGGCUACAAGCACGACAUUAAGUACAACUGCUGCGAAGAGAUUUACACAGAUAUAACCUACUCCUUCUACAUCAGGAGGUUGCCCAUGUUUUACACCAUCAACCUCAUCAUCCCAUGCCUCUUCAUCUCCUUUCUCACCGUGCUGGUCUUUUACCUUCCUUCUGACUGUGGCGAGAAAGUGACUCUUUGCAUCUCGGUUCUGCUUUCUCUGACUGUCUUUUUGCUGGUGAUUACAGAGACCAUCCCAUCCACGUCUCUCGUGAUCCCACUGGUGGGUGAGUAUCUACUGUUCACCAUGAUCUUUGUCACACUGUCCAUUGUGGUGACUGUGUUUGUGCUGAACAUACACUACAGGACCCCAGCAACGCAUACCAUGCCCAAGUGGGUGAAGACCGUCUUCCUUCAGGUCUUCCCUUCGAUUCUGAUGAUGAGGAGACCUCUGGACAAAACGAAGGAGGCAGGUGGUGUUAAAGACCCCAAAAGCCAUACCAAGAGGCCUGCCAAGGUCAAGUUUACUCAUCGAGGAGAACCCAAACUUCUAAAGGAAUGCCGCCACUGCCAAAAAUCAAGUGACAUAGUGCCUGGCAAGAGAAGGUUAAGCCAGCAGCCUUCACAGUGGGUGGCAGAGAAUUCAGAGCACCUGCCCGAUGUUGAAGAUGUGAUCGAUAGUGUUCAAUUCAUAGCAGAAAACAUGAAGAGCCAGAAUGAAACAAAGGAGGUAGAAGAUGACUGGCAAUACAUGGCCAUGGUGGUGGACAGAGUCUUCCUGUGGGUGUUUAUAAUCGUCUGUGUCUUUGGAACUGUGGGGUUAUUUCUACAACCACUGCUUGGGAACACAGGAAAGUCAUAGUUGGUAUUUUCCUUUUGCCUUCUGAAUCUUGUAGAUGUAUUUUUUUUUCUAGUUACAACAGGGAAAAGCCAAGUUUGCAGUCUCCUAAAUCAAGACAAGAAGGGGGUGGGCAUUGCUGCAGCCUUAGGAGCCUGAAUAUGUGUCUUCAUUGCACUGGGUGUUUGCAACCUUGGAGCCCAAAGCUGCCAGUGGUCCUAGGCUAGGAGGACUGAGUCAACUUCUCUAUGUUUUGCAUGCUUUGUUUCGAGAAAAAUAGACAGCCCUUCACAGAGCUAAGUCCCACAGUCAGCGUCAGUCCACUCAGAAAGGUGAUUGGCUUGUAUCUGAAGCUCCUGCUGCUUAUUGCAAUGAUGUGUAUGGCUACUGAGAAACUCGGGAACACUGCUGAUACUUGCAACACACUUGUCUGCUACUGGACCCUACUUUCUUGUGCAUGUCUCUGUGAUGUAGCUCACACUAUUACCUGACACGGGCAAUGGCCAAAGAAGAAAGCAGAUAGCAUCUCUCUUAGAAGACUAUUCAAUUCGUGAUACGCUUGGUUUUCUGUCAGUGUGAAAAUCACUGAGAUGAUAGACAUCAAAGAAUGACAUUCAUAUGAGCUCAUGGUGUUGAAGCCUAUGACCAUUAGGCCCCAUUGCCUCCGAUCCUUUGAUGAGGCAAAGCAUCAUGCCUAGUAGAGAACAGCUGUCCACUUAAUGAUAGCUACAAAGAAAGCAAAAAGAGAGGAAGACUCUGGAGUGUCCAUAUUCCUCUCACAAGCACACUCCAAUGGCUUCACAUCUUCCUACAAGGCCUACCAUCCUAGAAGCUCCACUACCUCCCAAAAGUGUGGAGGAAUCAGACUCUAGCACAUGUCCUCGGGGUUAUCCAAACCACUGCAGUAUCGUCCUGGCAGGAUAUUUGGCUGGCUCCAGUACUACACUAGGUGCUACAAGGGGUAACAUAGAGUCGUUCCCUUGUAAAGUUCCAGCCUUUUAGAAAAGCCAUAGAUGUGAUGAUCUGCAGGAUCAGGUAGUGGAGAAUAGAGCUAGAGCAACCCAAAUGAGAGAAACUAACUGGGCAAACCUGAAGGAAGCCACUCCUGUGUUUCAAAUAGGUAUCUGUAGAGUCUUUUCCCAUGUGCACUUCGAUAGCUCACUGCAUGGAGAUGAAAUAAAGUUGAUAUGAAUUUUUA